AUGGAAGUAAAUUUUCACUCUCUAUACUCAAAAGCAGCUAAUAGUUGGUCUCUGUUACAAUUAGAUUCAAGCUGUGUGGAGGACAUUAAAAACGGAAAGCAGCUAUGGUUAAAAGGCCCAAAUAGAAAUGGAGAGAGCUGCAGAAUUCCGGCAAUUAUCUGUACUGAAAGAGAGACUUUUUAUCUUAAGCGUGAGAAGAGCAGUAACAUGUCAUACUUAGCAAUAGAGUCUGAAAGUAUUGAGUUGGCUGAGAAACAAGGCGAUGAGAAUUCUUCUAAUAACAAAAAUUGCAACUCAAGUCAAAUUUCAGUAAUUGGGAAUUUGAACAGCUUUAUAACUAUGAUUAAAACUCCAGCUUUGAUGGGCAGUUUUGAAGAUUACAUGGCCAACCAUAGAAACGCUACCAAUAAUUCUAGUUCAGAAAUAACUUUUGAAAAAUUAUUUAACAUAUCUCAGAUGAGCUUGAUGGAAUUAUAUAAAUAUCUAUUUGACUACAAUAGCAUGAUGUAUUGUGAUAUAGAAGGAAACUGGUAUUCAAUUAAUAAUGAUAUUUUAUUAUUCUUGUUAAGCUCAAUUUUACAGAAAGGAAUGUCCAUAAAUAAAUCUUUUAAGAGCAUGAAUAUAAAAGAUGUAAAGUACUUACUCAAGGAAUCCUUAUCUGAUUUGGAAGCUGUGGGUAAGUCCUCGGAGAGUUGCAUCAAUUAUAAUGUUUUAAAACAUGCAUUGAGCUUUGAUUUAACGCUGAUUCAAUUAAUUAAACAUAUAAUGAAUAUACCAGCAAACAACAAUAUAGGAAAUCUGGUAUUCAGUGAUUUCGAUAACGAAAACAUAACAAAGUUCUUAUCCUCUCCUCGCAUACAAGAUAAUGUGUCUCUAAAGAUGAUUGAAGAUAUCAAAAUUGAUUUAUCAUAUAAAAGAAUUCAAGAAAUCCUUGCCUUGUCUAUACUUAAAAGACACCAAGUCUUGAAAGCAAAAGAUUAUAUUGAGGAAUUUCAAAACAUCCUUUUAAACUAUGUCCCUUUAGAAUUAAGUGAGUUGGAGUUCGAAUCUAAUGACACAAACACAAUGUCAGAUUUAGACAUUGAAACAAAUAAGGAAAUGUCUACAAACUUCUACUUUGGAUUCCCUCUAAUUGAAAAUCAUCCAGAUAACAUAGGGGUCAGGUUUGAUAUAAUCGCAGGUCAAGCCUAUUACAAUUAUGAGGACGAUAAAAUUAUAUAUUUACCCAGUUCAACCCUUCCUAUCGACCCACGUAAUAGACUUUCAACCAUGUUUCGUAAAAAAAAGUAUUGGCAUAUCUCAGAACUUAACGCCUACAUAUCACCAGUUCUACAACCUGGAAUCAAACUUGAAGCAUUCUGUCUCAAAAAUUGUUAUUUAUGCGAACAAAAAAUAUUCAACCAAAACUAUAGACUAUUUUAUAAUAAAAAUCUUCCUCUCAUGCAUGAGACAUGA